AUGGAGGACUUGGUGAUAUCGGGUAUGUCGGGCCGCCUGCCGCAGUCGGACAGCGUGGAGGAGUUCGCUCGGAAACUGUACGAUGGCAUCGACUUGGUCACAGAAGAUGAUGAGCGAUGGCCAGGCGGUCUCCACGGGCUGCCGCGGAGAUUGGGAAAACUGAAGAACUUAUGCAACUUUGAUGCCGCUUUUUUCUCUGUGCCUCCUCAGCAAGCGAAUCGAAUGGACGCCCAGAUACGGAAAUUGCUGGAAGUCACUCACGAAACGCUCGUCGACGCCGGAAUAAACCCGGAAGAGUUGAGGGGUUCGAGGACGGGAGUCUUCGUCGGAGCCAGUUUCUCCGAUAGCGAGGAACUAUGGAAUCAGGAUUUGGAGAAAAUAGUCGGUUACACCCAAACGGGCUGCUGUCGCGCGAUGUUUUCCAACAGAAUAUCCUACAGUUUCGACUUCAGGGGGCCCUCCAUGACCAUAAAUACUGGCUGCUCGAGUACUAUGGUGGCGCUGGCUCAAGCGGUGCGAGCGAUACGGUCUGGAGAAUGCGAUGCGGCUGUGAUCGCGGGGGCAAACUUAUACCUCCGACCCCACGGCUCCAUUUGCUUCGACCGACUAGGUUUGCUAUCGCCGAGCGGAAAAUGUGCCGCCUUCGACGAAAGCGCCUCAGGAUUCGUGAAGAGCGAAGCUGUGGUCUCCAUUUUGAUCCAAAAACGAAGUAGCGCCCGCCGGGUCUACGCUACUGUGCGUGGUGUGAGUGUAAACACAGAUGGAUAUAAGACCCAAGGAAUUACCUAUCCCUCCGGAGAGAUGCAGCGGCAACUUAUAAAGAGUGCGUAUAAGGAUGCACAGCUAAAAUCCGAGGACGUCGCCUUCGUUGAAGCUCACGGGUCAGGAACAAAAGCAGGAGAUUUUGAGGAGGUGACCUCAAUAACGGAAGUCAUUUGCAAGAAUAGAUCGAGCCCGCUGCUUAUUGGUUCGUUGAAAUCCAACAUGGGACAUGCAGAGGUGGCUGCCGGUCUUUGCUCCAUUAUAAAAGUACUUCUAGCUAUGGAACGCAAUGUUAUUCCCGCGAAUUUACACUACGUGGCGCCAAAUCCGGAAAUUACUUCUCUGCACGACGGUCGGAUAAAGAUGCCGUACACUCCAAAAAUAUUCCAAAACACACGCAUCGCGGAUAUCGACUUCUUACAGACGCAGCUAACGAACAAAUAUCAGUUACUAGUCGCAAAGGACAUCUCCGACGGGCGUAUUGUUCAGCCAGGCUGCAACUCGCUGUGA